AAUAAAGUUGUUAAAUGUCAAGUUGGCUACUGACAUUAUUCUCUCAAUAAUUGAAAUUAGUUUUGAUCUCGGUUUGAUAUUCUAAAAAUAGUUUUAGUACGUGGUACGUACAUAAGUGGCCACAAAAAUGGCUAUUUCUAGAUUGACCCGACUUGUGGUACAAUCUAAGAAUAUCACAAAACAUGAACAAAUUAUUCCUCGUAGAACGGCAACUACUACUCCUACCGGAGCAAUUCUUCCAGAACCAGAAAGAACACCUUUUGGACUCUUGAGCGUUGUGUGUGCUGUCGUGCCAGGAUUAUUGAUCGGAGCUGCUAUAAGUAAAAAUAUUGCUAACUUCUUGGAAGAAAAUGAACUGUUUGUUCCUUCUGAUGAUGACGACGAUGAUGAUUAAAUAAAUGAGUAUCAAAAUGUUUUCCAGAUAACAUGUUCGUUGCAAAAGUAUUUUAGUUUUUUAAUUAUAGAUCUAAUGCGGGUAUGUCAAUAAAAUCGCGACGUUGUUAAAUAAAAAUUUAUUGUGUUAUAAAACCACAUUUGUAUGUAAAGAAUGACUUUGUGCUAGUUAUUCAAAAUAUCUAAAUGACUAUUAGGUGGUUACUAAAACAUGAUUUAAUGGUUACAAACUUAAAUUAUUAUUAUUUACAUUGUAAAUAUAAGUACAGUUAUUUAUACACGUUUAGCAGUAUAUACAUUAAUCUGCUAUUAUAAAAAUCAUAUUCAUAAAUUAAUCUCGGGUAACACAUUAUGCAGCUUCUGCUAACCUAGUCAAAUGUUACUCACAAUUUUGUAUUAAUAGUCAUAAAAAUCCCAGUGGACUUGUGCUUAAUGUUAAGAAUCUGUGAAUAAAUGAUUUCUGAAAAUGG